GGUAUUUGUUUUCUUGGUUAAAAUGUCCAUUUCCACUUGGGAUAUUACUUCUGAGAAGAAUGCAGGACAGAAGAGAACGACUGACAAGUGGCCCUGGUAUGGUGCACCCAUAUUCUGUGUCAUUUGGUUCACACUCUUCUAUGUGACUGCCAUACCGAGCUUUUACUCCUAUCCCAAAAUGUUAUAUGUACGCGAUGAAGCGAAACAUCCCGAUCAGUUUAUUGGUGAACGUGCUCAAAUACAAUUGGCCCAGUAUGCCAUUAUUGGUAAUAAAAUGGUGGGCUCUAUUGCCAACGAAGUGCAUACGGUGAAUUUUAUACUUGACGAAGUGCGCAAAAUUAUGGCGGAAGCACGCAACGAUCUGUAUGACAUUGAGCCAGAAGUUCAGUAUGCAUCGGGUUCCUUGUACCUUUGGAACACGGCUACCAGCUACGAUAAUAUAUCCAAUGUGAUAGUAAAGAUCAGCAGAAAGGACAGCCCCAGUGAUAAUUAUUUGCUCGUCAACUCUCACUACGAUUCGGAGGUGAAGACACCAGCGGUGGCAGAUGAUGGCGUUAUGGUCGUUGUUAUGCUUGAGACGCUGCGCGUCAUUUCACGCUCAGAGCGUCCUCUCGCACAUCCUGUUGUCUUUCUGUUCAAUGGCGCUGAGGAGGCUAAUAUGCUGGGCUCACAUGGCUUUGUUGCUAAUCACAAAUAUGCAAAGCAUUGCAAAGCGCUUAUCAAUCUGGAUUCAACUGGUUCUGGUGGACGAGAGGUUCUAUUUCAAACGGGUCCUAAUCAUCCUUGGCUAGCUAAAUACUAUAAGAAGCACGCACCGCAUCCCUUCUCUGUAACAUUGGCUGAGGAACUAUUCCAAGCAGGUCUUAUACCCUCCGAUACGGACUUUCGCAUAUUCCGUGACUACGGCAAUAUUCCUGGACUCGACAUGGCGCACGCUCUCAAUGGUUAUGUGUAUCACACAACGUACGACAACUUUAAGAAUCUGGCACGUGGCACAUAUCAAACCACAGGAGAUAACGUGCUAGCACUCACUUGGGCUCUGGCGAAUGCACCCGAACUGGAUAACACCGCAGCCCACGAGGAAGGACAUGCUAUCUUUUUCGACUUUCUAGGCUGGUUUAUGAUUGUCUACAAUGAAUCAGCGGGCAUUGCUAUUAACAUUGUAGUCUCAAUCUCAGCGCUAAUAUGCAUUUGUCUAUCUGUAUUUAUGAUGACCAAGGGAGACGCUGCAGAUGCUCCAAAAGCUGUUGCUAAGCGAUUUGGCAUUAUCUUUGUGGUGCAAUUGAUUUCGGUGGCUGUUGGCUGGGGACUUACUAUACUCAUAGCUGUCAUCAUGCAUAGCGCUGGCCUUGGACAAUCCUGGUAUUAUCACAUAUGGAUGACCUUUGGCUUGUACUUCUGUCCCAUGUUCUUGGGCCUGGGACUACUACCAGCAUUUUAUAUUGAGUUUACAAAGAAGAAAACCAACAUGAAAACGAAUCAGACUAUAGCCUGCUUUAUGCAUGCCCAUUGCAUUUUAAUUGUCAUAAUUUGCUUAUUGAUGACUGGUUUGGGUAUACGCUCUGCAUUCUUUCCAAUGAUGGCAAUAUUCUUCUACACCAUAUCAAUUGUGGUACAGCUGAUUUUAAAGUGGAGCCUAAAGAAGAGUUAUUUUAUGACUACGCAUUUGUUGAGCCAGCUGCUGCCUUUCUUCUAUUACACCUAUAUGAUUUACUUGUUCCUGCUGGUAUUUGUGCCUAUGCAAGGACGCGAUGGUCCGGACAGCAAACCUGAUAUGCUGCUGGCUAUAUUUAUUGCGUUGAUGACAACACAUUUUGCUGGAUUUUUGAUACCCAUACUCUUCAAAUUUCGCAAGUGCAAGAUAUUUAUAUCUAUGUUUGGUGUGCUCACCGUUAUCUUCAUUAUAUUGGCCGUCACUCCUGUAGGCUUUCCAUUCAGGCCAGAAGUUGCAGCCCAACGUUAUUAUGUGCUGCAUACACAACGUACGUUGCACGGUGAGAAUAAAGCUGUUACUCAAGAGUCUGGUUUCUAUGUUCAACCCAUUGAUACACGUUACUCGGAGCUUUACGAUACAACGCUCAAGAAUGUGGAGCCACAGAGCUGGCUGAAGGAAAACUGCGCAGCUGAACCUUAUUGCGGUUUACCACUCUAUAGCGGACGUUGGCUGGACUGGAAAGAUGAAGCACGUUGGAUCUAUACGGAUUCAACGCCCAAUUUUCCAGUAACUACAGAGCUUACUUUCGUUUCGCAACAGUCCUUAAGCGCUAACAAGAAGCGUUAUGAAUUUAGCGUUAAGACUGGUGAUCGCAUCAUUAUUUAUAUUAACCCGCAACCAAAUGUUAAAAUCACAAAUUGGUCAUUUGACGAGACAAUUUUAAAUGAUGGACGCCGUCCACCAUAUUUCUUAUAUCAUGUUUAUUCCAUGGUUAAGACACCAUUUAAUUUCUGGAUGGAAUUUGAGCAUGCAGCGGAUCAUAUAGAAGCACCCUAUGUCAAACUCAGCGUGUCCGUACAUUUUCUAUAUCAUCCCGAGAACUAUACGCAGUCUUUUCGCGAUUUUCUUAGCACGUUUCCCGAUUGGACGUAUACUACAGACUGGUUUGCUUCAUAUGAAAGUUGGUUGUUCUAG